GGGGCGGGCACUUUGGCCCGCCGCGGGAUUCCUGCCGUCAUGGCCUCUCGCGGGGUCGUUGGCGUUUUCCUGCUCGCUGCUCUCCCCCUCUUGUGUCUGGAGCUCAGGCGUGGGAUCCCGGAGCUCGGAAUUAAAGAUCUCAUUUUGCUGUGUGGCCGGAUAUUCUUGCUGCUUGCCCUUCUUACUUUAGUUAUUUCUGUGACCACCUCAGUGCUUAACUCAUUUAAAUCAUCUAAAGUUUAUCUCAGAGAAGAAGGGAAGGAAGAAGAAGAGAAAGAACUAAGGCAAAGACAAAGACUUGUAAGAAAAAGGCAACAAGAGGCACAAGGCGAAAAGGCCACCAGAUACAUAGAGAAUGUUUUAAAACCUCAGCAAGAAAUGAAAUUGAAAAAAAUGGAAGAACGCUUUUAUCAAAUCACGGGUGAAACCUGGAAGCUAACCAGUGGUCACAAACUUGGGGGUGAUGAAGAUCUGGUGUUAGGAAAUGCGAGUCACACAUCUUCCGAAACCUCAAACAGAGAAGCUGCGAAGAGAAGGAACUUGGCUAAGCUCGCCACUGCAGUCUCGCCGCCGGCUGAGAGGCCCUGGCCGAUGCCGGCCCGUGGCUCCCCUCCCCGUGGGCACGCCGGGACCGAGGUUCUUAAUUUGCCUGAAGAACCCGAUGAAACAGAUGAAGAAGUAAUAACCAUUGCUGUCCGACGUCCAAGUGGGAGCGUCUUGAGGAGAAGGUUCUUGAAGUCUUGGAGUUCGCAGGUCCUGUUUGAUUGGAUGAGGACAGUUGGCUUCCACCCGUCUGUCUACAGCCUCUCCACGGCCUUCCCCCGGAAGCCGCUGCCGGUGGAGGCGGGCGGCUCGCUGGCCGACCUGGGAUUGACCGGGGACACUGUGCUCAUCGUGGAGGAGAAGGAGCCGAGCUGCCAGGAAAGAAAGGACAAAGACUGCAGCUCCGCCUGACGUCCGCUGCGCUCCGCCCUGGCGUGCACACGCCAGCCGUGCCACCCUGUGCCCGCGCUCGAGCCAGCGCCCACUUGAGUGUUGCCCUCCAUGGGAAAACAGCCACUUCAGAACCGGAAGACGAUUGCUUUCUGCAUGUGAUUUGUAGCCGGUGCCAUCUUUAGUGGACCACACGAUGUUACACAUGCACACGGUGAGGUUUUCGUUAACUUUAUACUCUCGUCAGCUGACGUCUUCCCUCACGAUGUUGUCAGGGCCAGGAAGGGUGGCGCGUGCCUCUGAGCCCAGCACUCCCGGGCUACACCGCAGCGUCCUCUACCCAGCCAGAAAA